AUGUUAUCACGUGCCAUCCAUCUCCCCACUCACAUGUAAUGUGUAUCCACCACCGUAAACAAAUACUUACCGUCGUGAUGUCCUAAAACCUCCACAUCUGUUAGAUCACCGCCGCAAUCCACCGUAACAAAAAACCCUAACACAAUUCAAUCCAAAUCGAAGAUGGAGAAGAUCCAUUACGCGGAAGAAUUAGUCCGUGAAUUUCUCGUCUUCAGAGGAUUCACCACCACACUCCAAUCUUACGAAACCGAAUUACGCACCGACGUCGGAAAAUCAUUUCACGUUGAUAAAAUUCUCGACCUUAUUUUCUCCAUUUAUAUUACUAAUUUUCACAUCGAUAAAUUGAUUUCACUUCUCUCUUUCUUCAAACAUUAUCUCUCUUCAUCUUCCCAAUCCACACUCCUUUCAUCAUUCUCCAAAUUGGAAGCUUCCAUUCUACGAUUCUACGUUGUUCGUGCCUUGCAAUCCAACAACAGGGAUAAAGUUGUUGAGUUUUUCCAUGUUUAUGGUCCUGAUUUGUUGCAGAGUUCCUCUCAGGAGGAUUGGACUCAAUGGUUUGUGAUUCCUUAUGUGAAGAAUCCACAAUUGGAUCCUCAAUUUCGAGUAUUUUUCGGGAAGGAGUGGAGUCAGGCAUUACAUCUUUCUGUUAGAAAUUUCUUUAGUGAGAUCUUCAAUGCUACUCGUCUCCCUGCUCUACUGAAGAUCAGUUCGGAGAUGAAUUCUACCAACAUGCUCAAAAGAGAUAUCACACAGCUAAAUAUCAAAUUGUCAGAACUUCAGGCUUUACUCAAUGAGAAAGAAACUCAAUUAAGGCAGUUUAGAAGUAUGGAAGGAAGUAUUAGCUCAUCAAGCAAUUUGCGUGAAGAAAGUACUCAUGUAUCAAAAGAUUCUUCAGAGAUUGACCAAGAUUUAGUUGUGGGUGAACCUGGAAAUGUUCAGUCCGAGUUUAUCAGCUCCAAGUCUGGUGAUGAUUCAACUUUCAUAUUGAAUGACUAUCUGGAACAUGGCAGAGCUGGCAAUACCACUCUAAAAGAAAACGAUGGGGAAUUGUCUUCUGAAGAAGACUUUGUUGAGGUCAAAGUAGAGCACCAGGAGACUUUUUUGGGGCACACCAGUCCAAUCAGCCGGUGCCGCUUCUCUGCGUCUGGAAACAAUAUAGCCAGUGCUUCUCUAGAUGGAACUGCCAGGAUAUGGACAUAUGAUGCAUCAACUCCAGCUUCUAGAAAUGCAACCAUAUAUUGUGGCACUGAAAUUUUGUCACUUGAUUGGGAAUGCAAAUCGGAUCGAUUGCUUCUAAUAGGUACAUCCGAUGCAUGCAUUAAGGCAUGGAAUGUGGACGCUAAAAGAGUUGUUUGUGACCUUAACACAACGGAAGCAUUUCCUAGUGUACUGGACAUAAAGUGCAGUCCUGUUGAACCUAUUUUUGUAUCUGCAGCAGCAUCUGGAGGGUCUGGUUCUAACUAUUUUGACAACCUGGGUUUCGCUUCACUGACUGUAUGGAACAUGAAGACAUGGAAAGCCAUGACAGUCCUUCCUCUUGGAGAAGAUCCACCGGCAAUUACUUCUCUAUGCUUCAACCACAAUGGGAAAAUUUUAGCAGCUUCGGCUGUGGAUGGAAUGAUUCACAUGUUUGACAUGUCUGCUGGUCUACAAAUCACUGGCUGGCCUGCACAUGAUUCUUCCAUCAGUUCUAUUCUUUUUGGACCAGAUGAGACUAGCAUUUUUAGCCUCGGCUCUGAUGGGAAGAUUUUUGAGUGGAGCUUGCAAAAUCAAGGCCAAAUCUUGUGGUCAAGAGACUGUAGUAGGUACUGUUACCCCAGUUCAAAUUAUUACAGACAUGAUAUGGCAUUAGAUGCAAAUGGGAGGAGACUCUUGGUAACAUCCAGUUCAGAUAGAGCACCCAUAUAUCAGGUUCAGGGUCAUUUGAAUGGUUGGAGAACACUUUCUCACGGUGCUCCUAUCACUGCUGUAGAUUGGCAUCCGACCUUGCCCAUUUUCUUGACUGGAUCAGCCGAUAACUCUGUCCGAGUAACAUCUUUACUAUCAUAGUGCUCCGUUGUUCUUGGAGUUUUCAUUCAUUCUUUGGCGAGCAUUUAAAUAGGUUCAAUUGGAUUUUCAUGUUGUAAUUUAUUGAUUUCUCUCAUUAUAUAAUGUAUAUGGCUACUAACUCUGUAAAUUUCUGUGCCUACAGCUAGGAUGUGUAUAUUCAUGCAUUUUGCUUGUAUGUGUUUUUAUAUAACCUAUUAAGUAAUUUGAGUGAAAUGAAUGCGCUAUAAUUUAUGCGACUAAA